UGUGUGAGCCAGCUUGCAUAGGGGGGUGGGCCUGGCCUCAUAGGCAGCAGCAGAUUUCAGAGAUGCCCCUGAUGGAGGCUGAGGAACAGGAGGAAGAUGCCAACUCCCUCUCAAAGGAUGAAUCCGAGACUAACUCACGUGACUGCCUCCGCUACGUGCCCCUCUGCAUAGCCCUUCUACUGCUGGCUGGAACUGCCACAGCAACCUGGUAUUUUCUAGACUACAGACCGCAGCACCCAGAGCCGGCCAUUCUGCAGUUUUACUCUGGCAGCCUCCAGGUCCUCAAUCGCCAGUACUCCCCAGAUCUCGGGCGGUCAGAGUCCAGAGCCUUCUGGACAGAGUCGGCUAAGCUCCAAAAGAUGCUGAAGGAACUGAUUCAUGCCACAGCGCUGGGGCGAUAUUACAACUCGAGCACAGUCUAUGCCUUUGGCUCAGGCAGCCAGUCCUACCAGGCGGAGUACAAGGUCAACCCCGACUCCCUGGUUCUGCUAGAAUCCAGUGUGAAAGACAUAAUAGUCCUGAAAUCCACCCUGGGUUGCUAUAGAUACAGCUAUAUCCAGGAAGAUGACGUCUUAAGACUGGAGGGCCCUGACUACCUGGCCUCCAGUUGUCUUUGGCAUCUCCAUGUCCUCAAGGGCUACAUGAUCAAGCUACGCCUGGAGUGGACUCUCCCGGAGUGCAGGGAUCGCCUGGCUAUGUAUGAUGCAGCGGGGCCUCUGGAGAACCACCUCAUCACCUCGAUCUAUGGCUGCAGUCGGCAGGAGCCCAUUAUGGAAGUCCUUUCAUCAGGCUCUGUGAUGUCCAUUGUGUGGAAGAAAGCCAUGUACAGCUACGAUGACCCCUUCAUCCUCUCUGCGCAGGCUGUGCCCCUCAAAGCCUGCAAAGUGAAUAUAACCCUACGGGAAGGCCUGGAACUGCAGGGGAAGAUCGGCACACCACACUACCCCAGUUACUACUCACCCAACACACAGUGCACAUGGCACUUGACGGUCCCAUCUCUUGACUAUGGGGUCACCCUGUGGUUUGAUGCCUAUGCACUCAGCAGACAGAAGUAUGACCUGCCCUGCACCCAAGGCCAGUGGAUAAUUCAAAAUAGGAGGUUGUGUGGCCUGCGGACGCUGCAAGCCUAUGCUGAGCGGAUUCCUGUCACGUCCUCUGCUGACAUCACUAUCACCUUCACCUCACAGAUCUCCUUAACCGGCCCUGGCGUACAGGCUGCCUACAGCCUAUACAACCAAUCUGACCCCUGUCCUGGGGAGUUCCUGUGUUCUGUGAACGGCUUGUGUGUUCCCUCCUGUGAUGGGAUCAAAGAUUGCCCCAAUGGGCUGGAUGAGAGAAACUGCGUGUGCUCUGCAAAGUUCCAGUGCCCAGAGGAAAAUGAAGAGCAGUGCAGUGAAGGGGUUCCCUGUGGGCCCUUCACCUACCGCUGUGAAGAUGGAACAUGUGUGAAGAAACCCAACCCUCUGUGUGACACCACUGCAGACUGCAAGGACCUGUCCGAUGAGAAGCACUGCGACUGUGGGCUGCAAGCCCCUCUCAGCAGGAUUGUGGGUGGCGCUGAUUCUGUGGAAGGGGAAUGGCCAUGGCAAGCCAGCCUGCAAGUUCGGGGCCGCCACAUUUGCGGGGGAACACUCAUUGCUGACCGCUGGGUAGUCUCAGCUGCACACUGCUUCCAGGAUGAAAGAUUGGCUUCCCCCUCCGUCUGGACCAUUUAUUUGGGCAAGUAUUUGCAAAAUGCCACCAGUCACACAGAGGUGUCCUUCAAAGUGAGCCGCCUAUUCCUCCACCCUUAUUAUGAGGAGGACAGCCAUGAUUAUGACGUGGCCCUGCUCCAGCUGGACCAUCCUGUGAUCCGCUCACCCUUCAUCCAACCCAUCUGCUUGCCUGCCCCCUCCCACCUCUUUGAGCCUGGCCUUCAUUGCUGGAUCACUGGCUGGGGAGCCAUCAAGGAAGGCGGCCGCAUCAGCAACAUCUUGCAGAAGGUAGAUGUGCAGCUCAUCCAGCAGGACAUCUGCAGUGAGGCCUAUCACUACAUGAUUUCUCCCAGGAUGCUCUGUGCUGGGUACCACAAGGGCAAGAAAGAUGCCUGCCAGGGUGAUUCUGGAGGUCCACUAGCCUGCAAGGAGCCCAGUGGCAAGUGGUUUCUGGCUGGUUUGGAAACAGCUGCUGGAAAAUUACCCAACCUGGAAUAAAGCCAAGUGUUGGUACUAGCCUUUAAAAACACCAUUACAUGGGCAGGGAAAUUCACAAAAGAGGGGAACAGAAAACCUUUCUCUAUCAGGAAGAAGAAAACUAAACUAUCUAUUGGAUUACAAACUGAUCCAGAGCUGAAGUUUUCACAAUUUGCAGGGCAUUCUGUGACCUCCAAGAGAAGCGCUUUUGGGCAAGUCUAAGUGCAAAGAGACAAACGGAAACUGACAAAAAUAAAGUUUAAUGGUAUCCAGAUCUGAGAGUUUCUUGCACUGCCUACCUAUAGGGUCACUCAUUUCAGACCUCAGUGUGCUCUGUAUUCCCAGUGCUUGCUGUAACACCAGCUGCAAGUCCCUGAAGAGCAAGGUUAUUAGACUGAACCUAUGUAGCGGAAGUGAAUGCUUCAGCUACUGGAAAUGGGGGGAAAAGGAGGUCAGGAAGUAUGUGAGGCCACAGAGGAAGAAGUCAUCUGAACUGUGAAACCCCAAGAAGUUUGCAGAAACAGAGCUCACGUCCAUGCAAGCCAGGCCCAGGAAGAAGCUAGGGCUGCAGGCAACAUCGGCCUAAAGGAACAUAAAGAACAAACCUCUCCAGUGGACUAUGAUCCAGUCUUUGUAUUCACUGGCAAAGAGGGGACCCUGCAAAGCUGUAACAGUAAGCAUCCACUGCAUCCCCUAGAAGGGACGACAACCAUCAGCUCCAGAUAUCCAUAAACACAUGUUGCUGCAUGCCCAAGAGCAGACCCCGGCUCAUUAACUAUCUGAGUUACCAGUGGGUUGAAACAGUUGCCGUCUUCCUUUUUUUAAAGGAGAAAAUACUACAGAGAAGAAAUUGUUGAACCACCUUGGCAGGGACACUUAGGGAGAUUUCAGUUCUCAAACGUAUGACAAUGGUCCUGGGGAAAAAUGCCUGCCGUUUGGGACUACAGGUUCCAGUUCCCUCAAGUUCUUUAAAGCCACAUGAUAUGUCUCAUGGAAAGAACAGCAAUGCUCAAUCCAAUUCUCACCAUGUGAGCUGGCAUCCAAUCCUUGAAGAACAGAGCUGUGACUCUGUUGCAGGCCAAAAAGUAAAACGGGCAAAAGACUGGAACGAGGAAAGUGCAAAGUGUCCCAAGAGAGAGCUACCUGUUGCCUUUCUUGGGCCACAGAGUUUGCUUUGGGAAAGAAAAGUC